GGCCUGCGAGUCCAAUAUCAUAGCUCUUUCCCUUCCCAAAGCUUGUUUCCUUAUCACACACAGCUGAAGCUUGAAAAGGCCCAAAAUCCCAGUGAGCCGGAGCUCACAUUCACAAACACCAACGACUGAUCGGAGACGGCAACAACGAAGAUGGGAACGCUAGGGAGAGCCGUAUACACCGUCGGAUUCUGGAUUCGCGAGACUGGCCAGGCCAUGGAUCGCCUCGGUUGCCGCCUCCAGGGCAACAAUUACUUUAAGGAGCAACUGUCUAGACACCGAACGCUUAUGAACCUCUUUGAUAAAGCUCCCAUGGUUGAUAAAGACGCAUUUGUGGCUCCAAGUGCCUCUGUCAUUGGGGAUGUUCAAAUAGGGAGUGGAUCAUCUAUUUGGUAUGGAUGUGUUGUGAGAGGUGAUGUCAACAGCAUUAGCAUUGGAUCUGGAACUAACAUACAAGAUAACUCUCUUGUGCAUGUGGCGAAGUCUAAUUUGAGUGGCAAGGUUCUGCCAACCAUCAUUGGGGACAAUGUGACUGUGGGUCACAGUGCUGUUUUACAUGGAUGUACUGUUGAGGAUGAGGCCUUUGUUGGCAUGGGAGCGACACUUCUCGAUGGCGUCUUUGUUGAAAAAAACGCUAUGGUUGCUGCUGGAGCUCUUGUUAGACAGAAUACAAGGAUUCCUUGUGGUGAGGUAUGGGGAGGCAAUCCAGCAAAGUUUCUGAGGAAGCUUACUGACGAGGAGAUGGCUUUUAUUUCCCAGUCGGCUCUCAAUUAUACCAACCUUGCACAGGUUCAUGCUGCUGAGAAUGCAAAGCCUUUUGAAGAGAUAGAGUUUGAGAAGGUGCUUCGUAAAAAGUUUGCCCGUCGGGAUGAGGAUUAUGACUCACUGCUGGGAGUUGUUCGUGAAACUCCCCCAGAGCUUAUUCUUCCUGAUAACGUUUUACCAGAUAAGGCACGAAAGGAAAAGUUAACUACUUAAGGAGGUCUUUUUCUUUUUAAUUUUUGAAUCGCAAAAAUUUGGGUCAAGGAAAAUUAUUUUGUUAUGUGCAAGUAUCUGGAGAAAGGAUAAGGAUCAUGCUUUCUUUCCCAAUAAUACCAGACAUGCCCAGGGUAGAGUUAUGGCAUCCCUUUUGGUUUCUGGCUCUACUCUAGCUGUGAUUGUUCGGAAACUCUAAUUUCUGCUUUGGGAGGGAUAAUGCCAUCCUGCAGCUAUAUGUUGAUGUUUUUGUGUUCUUUGUAUUUACCAUAUUGCUCUCUCGGAUGAUAUUUUUGAUCGUUAUUCUGGAAUUGCAAGCACUGUGAACCGCCUAAUUUUGUUUGGAUAUUUUAACUGACAUAUCGAUGAAUCAUACUGCCCCUUGGGCCGCUUAAUCCA